UGAUUUACCCUAUACUUGCUUUUAUAGCUAUAUAUAAACAGAUGACACUGGCCAACAGCAGUGAUCUGAAGCAAAUUGAAAGAGUUUCUUCAAUCUUGAUUAAUUAGCAUGAAGAUUGUCACAUUAGUAUCCGUCAUUAGUGUUAUUUCAUUAGCCGCCUGCACUCAAAACAGUGUUCCAAUAUGUCUACCUUAUUUAUUGCAAAGUCUUUUCGUUCGGUUUGAGACCAGUGACUACGGAGUUCAAGCCUGGAAUUUUGAAACCAACAUGGCGGCUAAACAUACAAUUAGCAAAAAUAUCCGAACAGUUUACAAUCUCACGGAGCGUAUAGAGUAUAACAUUGACUUAAGCACAGGAAGUUGUGAAAAGUUUCCCAUGAAGCCAAGUGAAGUUAUUGCCCGUUGUUUGCCUUCCUCUGCCAGACAGUACAGCCCAAACGACUCCUUCGUUGGCUAUGGACAAUAUUCCUUGCCCAUGCAAGCCUUUGAAGUGGAUCUAGCUGAAGGAGGCCUGGCCAGAGUUGCGUUCACAGUCUCAGAACCUGCUUUCAUUUUGGCCUCUCAGUUGACAGGUUUUAGCUCUGAAAGAAUUGAAAGUUAUUUUUAUUUUGACUCCGCCAUGACGGCUGACCCAGUUUUGUUCGUACUUCCGCCAUCAUGCCCUUGACUUUUGCAUUCAGUUAACUAAAUUAUGUGUAUAUUUUUUGUGUUUUAUAAAUUUUAAAUUGAGCCCUUUCCCUCUCUCUCUCUCUCUCUCUCUCUCUCUCUCUCUCUCUCUAUGUCUCUAUCUCUUUCUCUCUCUCUCUCUCUCUUUCCUUCUUUGCUCUCUUUCUAUCGGUUUCUCUCUUUUUUAUAUCUAUAGUUUUUUUAUUUCGAUAAUGUAAAAUGUACGACAUGUUUAUAUAUAUAAAAGCUAUUCAUACACAAAAAAACAUAGGUAUUAAUACAAAAAAUAACCUUGCUAUUCAUACAAAAAAAUGAAUGUGCUAUUUAUACACAAAAUAACCUUGUUCGACUCAUCCUGAAGAAACUAAGAUCAAUGUGAAGGUCGUAGGAUAUGUCAUAGUCACGUGUCACCUCCCGGCAAGGGGAAACACGUUAUCACUUCGAUUGCAUUGGCUAUUUCAAUGGCUAUGUUUGACUUUUACGAAUACAAACGGGUAAUGCCGGGUAUCUCUGCUAGUAUGAACAUUAAAUUAUUUUUUUUACGGAUUUAAUGAGUAUAAUCAAGAUGAUGGGAACCAGAUCUGGGAACCUGAUCUGGGAACCUGUGUAAUAUUUUAUUAAUUGAUAUCCGACACACUAAGUGAGUGCUUCAAUUUUAGAUAUUGAUGCUUUUUUUUUGUUAAUUAUCUUCAGAAUCUUCUUAAUUUUUAAUAUACAUAUAAUUUAGAAAUAUUAAAAAUAUUUUCUUAAUUCGGCAAUGAAAGAGAAAAAGAGAGAACAGAGAGUCUAACAAUAUAUCACACUUAAUAGUUCGGUGCGACAACAACAUAUGGAGGUCAUAGCCACGUGUUGUGUAGAAUCACAAUAUUGACAUACAGAGUAGCAUUAGAUUAAUCACUUGUUUACAUUGUAAUAUUGUCAUCACAAAGUCAUACAGUGUUUGAAAACAAUAUUUUCUCAUUUUGUUUGUUUAGCUGCUUUACUGCAUUGUACUGAGACUUUACCGUUUGUUAUGCUAAAUAUUUUUAGCUAUUAAAAACAUAAAAUUUUAA